AUGAAAGCAGCUGAUUUUAAAAGGAAGAGAGGAUCUACGUACUACGAUUUGGUGCAGAUUUCCUGCAUUGAAGUUUUUCACGAUGAGAAAGCAGCGAAAAACUCCGGCCAUUGUCAUCCAGGACGCAAAGGGAAAGGCUGCCUAACACCUGUACCUGGCUGGUCUUCCCGUCAUCCUGCUCUGUCCUGCAAGCAGAUUUUGGAAGCUGGAGACUCAAAAGGAGACGGGGAGUACUGGAUCGACCCUGAGAAAAAUGGAAGUUCUUUAAAAGUAUUUUGUGACAUGACAACUGAUGGAGGAGGCUGGCUCCUAAUCUAUAACGUUAUUGCUGGAGGAACUGUGCCCCCCACCAAUUUGAAUAUUGAAGAGACAUAUGCAGGAGUCAGUCGCUACAGCAGCAACAGAAUGGUUCUCUCUCCUGACGGUAUGCGAGAGCUGAGAUCCCGCAUGUCUUUCACUCAGCUGAGAUUCCACUGCCGUAAACGGCAACAUGGACGAACGUUUCAUGUCAAAACGGCUGCGAACAGCUCUGGUGAAGCUGUAGUCGGGUUUUUCGGCGGUGAUACCGACGUUUUUCCCAAAGCCUGUGGCUCAUUUGAGAAACUUAAGGGAGACAACUCAGUCCUUGCAAGUAAAUGCGUUGAAUGGGGGAAGGAAAACGGCGUGUUUCAUGUUGGAAAAUGGGGACAUGAAGGGAAUAAGGAGCUGUAUAUAUACUCAGCAUUCAUUGCAUAUUACCAUCAUUGGGCCACGUGGCCAGGCCAUGGCAGAUGGGAAUGUGAUGACUAUCGGAACAAUUUGACGCGCGGCGACUUUUGGAAGAUUUAUGUCCGUUAAUUAAUGCAACGCUUUGCGACUCUUUAGUGGAAACCCCGUAACUGGCGUUGAAGGAGCAAACGAAGAUACAUUAA